GAAUUCAGUUGAUGAGUGAACGACUGCUGAGCUUGAUUAACAAGCAGAUCGCAAGUUAAGAAUCACAAUUUAAAAGUGGUGAACGCAUAUACAAACAUAUAUAUAGGGCGCAUGGCGUUUUCCAACAAUGCAAAUCAUUUUUCAUGAAAACUGCGCGAACGUGUGUAAAUCGAAUUUUUGAAAGAAGUGACAUUGAUGUGAUUUUGCGCAACGGUAAAACAUAAAUCGCACCCACUGCUGUCAAGUAAUGUGUAACUAACUAAACUCACUUACUUAGACGAAGGAGCACACUUCACAGCACUUCUGCAAAUACGCUUAUGAGCGAAGGUAGUGUAGGAAAAAAGAGCGCGUCAAUAAAGUGUUAAAUCGUUUAAGUACUGUUUAUAUUGGCGUGGCACGUGCUUUCACUGCUUUACCUAGUGUCUCGCACCGCGCCGCGCAGCACAUGAAUGUGUGAUGUUGCCUACGACAGCAUUUCGCCGCCGCAAUGGCUACGAGGAUCUGGACAAGUACAAUCAAUCAUUAGAGGAAUAUCUGCCGAACGUCCUUGUGCGCGCUGAGGGUCAAACAACAUGGGCAGCGACGCCAACGCAGUUUGGUCAACAAAAGCAGCAAACUAAUCGCAUAUUCUCAAUCUCAGAUACGGCAUUAAAUGUAACGCCACCGAAAAAUGCCAACACGCUGCCAGCACCUUUAAGCAGCCUGUCCCAACAGCAAUCAACGUCGCAUGCUUCACACAAUCAAUCUACGCUCAGUCUCAAUAAUGGCAUUAGCCUUGGCUCCAUCGUGUUGUUGCCAGGUCCCUCACGUACGCAAAGUUAUGCCAACCUGAACCACGAGUCCUAUGCUACUAUGUAUGGUGGUGGAGUUGCCAAAAAGUGCGGUAACUUCUAUAUGCGCAAGGAAAAUAUGCGUUUACUUUGCUUCGCACUCUUUUAUUGUGUGUACUUAGCAAUCGGUAGUGUUUGCUUUCAAAUUGCCGAAACGCCGAUGGAGGAGUCAUUGCGUAGCGCUGUGCGUCAACAACGCAACGAAUUCCUGCUGAAGUAUCCACAAAUAUUGGAUGAAGACCUCGAAGAGUUUCUCAAAGCCGUGAUAACAGCCAACGAUCGAGGCAUAUCACCGUUACGCAAUGCAACAAAUGAAAUGAACUGGAGCUUUGGUCAGGCAUUCUUCUUUUCAAGCACCGUGAUAACAACAAUCGGAUAUGGCCAUGUAACGCCACUUAGCCAAACGGGGAAAAUAUUUUGCAUAAUUUAUGCGGCCAUUGGUAUACCACUCACGUUGGUGCUAUUGAGUGCGAUGGUGGAGCGGCUGUUGGUGCCUGCCAGCUGGUUGUUGGGCACUUUGAAUUCAAAAUUGGGUCAUCUCUAUCAGCCCUUCAAUAUACGACUACUGCAUCUAAGCAUUGUGGCUACGCUUGUUAUCGUCUUAUUCUUUGCAAUACCAACCGCAGUUUUUGCUUAUAUUGAACCAGCCUGGGGUGCUUUGGACGCUUUCUACUAUUGUUUCAUCUCAUUGACAACUAUUGGCUUAGGUGAUUAUAUACCUGGCGAGGGUGUGACCAUUGGCAAUCGUUCCAUGUACAAAAUAUUUAUAAGCGGUUAUUUGAUUUGUGGUCUCAUUGCAAUGAUGUUUGUGCUGACGAUCUUCUAUGAUAUACCGCAACUCAAUCUGGGUCAACUGUUCACUGAAAGCACAAAUGGUGAAACGGAAAAGUUGCGCCUAUCCGGCAACAAUACAACCUGCUAUUCUGGCCCAUCCGGUCUGUAUAUGCCACAGCGUGAUGAGGAUACUAGGCGUGCCGUAGUUCGCAUACGUCCACACGGCGACGAUUCACCCAGUCCCGACGAAGCACCAUCUUCGCUCAAUAGCGACAUAAGAGUGCCAUAAGCAGAGACUAGGAGCGGCAUUUGCCGGAUGAAUUGAAGGUGAAGAUGGCGUUGUUGGAGCAACUACUGCGUACAUGUACGUAUAUAUCGUUGGCAAAACACUUGGCAUAUCCUCGAAACAACAUAAAAUAAUCCAAAACCGUACUCGUAUCAUGCACUCAAGUAACCUCUCUACAAAAGUACAUACAUACAUAUGUAUGCAGUUUUAAGGUAAAUAAGGGAGUAAACAUGCCCGUUACCAAGCUUAUGCCAGCGGGCCGGUUACAAAAAUUCUAUCAAUUGCCACUUUAAUUAAUUUUUGUUAUUUUUGAUUUAAACAAAAAAAGCAUAAACAAAGACAAAUCUUUUGAAUGUACAAAACGAACAGCAUACAAUACAAAAAAUACCUAUUUAAACUGCUCUACUCAAAAACUAUACUAUUUUAAGCAUUAAGAAAAAACAACAUAGAAAAACUAUCAACUUCUUGGCAAAUGUCAUGAAACAUUGUAAAAAUACUGUAAAGCUAUCAAAACAAAAAAGGAAAGUGUUGAAUGUUGCAUUACUAGAGGGUAAUGUAAGGUGCAAUUAGUUGCAGGUCUAUUUAUUAUUUCUAACGGUAGUUUGUAGUUGUGAAAAAUUAUAAACACACAUAUGUAUAUCAAUUUAUCAUAAGUAUGUGCACUAUAGCAGACUGUGAGAGCAAGCUUAAAUGGCGAUCCUAUACAUGUAUCCUAGGGUGCUUAAAAUUUUUUUUUUUUUUUUGAUUUUGUUUUCAACUCUUCCCCCUCAAAUGUUAGUGAUUGACAAACAAAAAAUCCUCUCUAAAGCUAGGCGCUGUAGCUCUAAGGAGUCGCUAUUUUUUUUUAGGUUCGUAUACAUUUUACAUAGGAACUUUCAUUUUUUCAUUCAGACUAAAUUUUCACCAACUAAUUUUCGUUUCUCAAAAAUAACCAUCACAUAUGCAGAAAGUUCGCUUUUCAAACUAUAAAAAUUUCUGCGACAAAGUUUAUUAU